CACUGAACCCAGGAAAAUUACAGAUUUGCCACGCACACUCUUUACGCUUCCAGCCCUCGCCGGCUCUCCGCCGUGCUGCUCCACAGUCCACACCACACUACACGCUCCUCGGCUCCCGUGCCCGUGUCACCUUGGCCCGGGACCCACACACCGGCCUUCCCACACGCCGCGCGCGGCGGCGCUCUCCCUCGACCCCUCAAAUCCCAAGCGCUUCCAAGCCGGAACGAAGCGGAGAGGCGGCGAUGGAGUACAGGAGGGUGAAGGAUCAGGAGAGUUAUGAUGAUUUAUCUCAGAAGGAUGUAGAAAGCCUCAGUGGGAGGUCGCUAUCUAGCGCAAACACUACAGCUAGUGGUCUCAGUUCUGCAGGAGGUGCAAAAGGCAAGUCUAGUUGGAAGCUAAAGUCUGUUGUUACUCUUGCAUUGACGCUGCUAACAAGUUCUCAGGCAAUAUUAAUUGUGUGGUCAAAAAGAGCCGGAAAGUAUGAAUAUAGUGUCACAACAGCUAAUUUUUCGGUCGAGGCUUUAAAAUGCCUUCUAUCACUAGCUGCUCUAUUUAGGACAUGGAACCGCCAUGGUGUUACUGAUGAUAAUAGGUUAACCACAUCUUUUGAUGAAGUCAGUGUAUAUCCGAUUCCAGCUGUUCUUUAUAUGGUGAAGAACUUAUUGCAGUACUAUAUCUUUGCUUAUGUGGACGCACCAGCAUACCAGAUCUUGAAGAACCUGAAUAUCAUCAGCACUGGUGUCUUGUACCGCAUCAUUUUGAAGAAAAAGUUAAGUGAAAUCCAGUGGGCAGCAUUUGUUCUUCUAUGUGCUGGUUGCACGACAGCUCAACUCAAUCCUUCAUCUGACCAUGUGCUUCAAACUCCUAUUCAAGGUUGGAUGAUGGCAAUUGUGAUGGCUCUUUUAAGUGGUUUUGCUGGGGUAUAUACAGAAGCUAUCAUUAAAAAACGUCCGUCAAGAAACAUCAACGUGCAGAACUUUUGGCUAUACAUUUUUGGGGUGAUCUUCAAUUUAGUUGCAAUUUGUGUUCAGGAUUAUGAUGCAGUCAUGAAUAAAGGCUUUUUCCAUGGGUAUUCAUUCAUCACAGUUUUGAUGAUUCUGAACCAUGCACUGAGUGGAAUUGCUGUUUCAAUGGUGAUGAAAUAUGCUGAUAAUAUAGUCAAGGUUUAUUCAACUUCAGUUGCAAUGCUUCUGACAGCAAUUGUAUCUGUCUUUUUGUUUAGCUUCCAUUUAUCCCUUGCAUUCUUCCUUGGAUCCACGGUUGUGUCUGUCUCGGUGUACCUGCACUCUGUCGGAAAACUUCAACCACAGAAAUAAGCUUAAUUGAGUCGCUGGUCGCUGUUGGUGGACAAGAUUUCAGUCAGUCAGUUAUCACUGGAUAGCACUGAAAGCAUUGCCGCAGAUGGAAUCUGGGAUCUGUUCUUAGUGUAUGGUGGUUUGAGGCAAAGUUUCAGGGAGAUGGCAGAAACUUGUAAAAUCUAGUAGGCCUUAUUACUCUCUAUGCAUAGGCGACAACAUCCUUAGGUAAAAGGUAACACCUGGAAUGUUUUUGUGGAGGGGUUCUAGCUAUUACUUGGUCGUAGUCUCUGUUCCCUUGUAUCUAGUUCGCUAACAGCCAACUGUAUCGCACCUAGUGUUUUGCAGGUGGCAUACAGAUUUUGUAAUGACCAGAUCUUUUUUUUCAUAUGUAGCUAUCAUUCUCUUGUUCA